AUGAAACAGAUAAAAAAAAAGUUUGAGAAUUGUGAUACGAAUGAAAACAUUCCUUCAUUGUAUGGAAAUGCAACUAACAUUUAUAAUCAAUCACUCAAUGAUGAAUAUAUGGAAUGCGAACCUGAGAAUAUAAUGACAGAAGAAUGCAAUACACCUAAGUUUGAAACUGUAGAUGUAAAUGGAAAGAAAAUACACAUAAAAAUACAAAAAAAUUGUGAUUUAGAAAAUAAGAGAAAUAUUAAAUCAGGAAAAAAAAGCAAAUCUUUUAUUAAGAAUAUAGUAAAGAAAAUGGAAAAUAUAUAUAAAAGUGGAUUAUAUAAUAAAAAAAAUAAUAAAUUAUUAUUUGAUUCACAUUCUGCAAUUUUUCCAAAUGAAUAUUUAAAUGUUGAACCUACUAAUAAUGUAUUAUAUAGACGCAGAACCCCAAAUGAAACAUUACUGAGAAGUGAUUUUAAUGGUAUUAAUUUAAAACCAUUUGUUAGGUUUAAAAGUGUUGGGAAUUUAGAUAAUCGAAUGAAAAAUAAAGCAAUUAUAAAAAUUUCUAAUCUAAAUCCAUCUAUAAAAUAUUACAAUAAUAUGGAACAUAAUUAUUUUAAUCCAACAAAUUUAAAUACAUCAAAUCAUAUAAGUGAUAAUAAUCUAAAGAAAAAUGAUAGAUAUAGUAAAAAUAGUAAGUGCAUUUAUAAUGAUAUUAAUAAUUCGAAUAAUAAAAGAAAUAGAAAAACACUUUCCUAUAAUAGAAAUGGAAUGUGUAUUAGAAGAAAUACAAUGUAUGAUCCUUUUUAUGAAAAUAAUACAAAAAAUAUGAAAUAUAAUGAACCUUAUUUGAAUAGUUGUAAUUCUUAUAAUUUACAUAACUUGAAAAAAAGUUCUAAUUCUGAUGAAAAAACCAAUAAAAUAAGUCUCAAAAUAAGCAAUAACCAACUAAAUAAAGAAAAAAAUUUAGACAAAUGUUCACGUGAAAUUAAUAGCAGUAAUAAUAGAAAUUCAUUUUGUGAUGAUAAUAUGAGUUCUUUUAAUAAAGAAAAAAUACAAGAAAAUGAUUUUCCUAAUCAGGAUAAAAAAUUAAGAACAAGAAUAUCUAUACCUUUAAGUAAUUAUAGAAAUAAUAUAGAACACAGUAAAGAAAAUAUUCAUAAUUCAAACUUUAAUAAUGACAAUUUUAUGAAAAUUAAACAGGAUGUAAAUGGAAAUAAUUUUUGUUAUGAUGAUAAUAAUAUGAAUAAUAGCUUUCAGGAAAAUCAUAAUAAUUACAGAGGAGUAAAUUAUUAUCAUCCUAAUGAUGAAAACCAAAAUAAAAAUUUUACUUCAGAUAAAAAAAAUUCACAAAUUGUAUAUAAUAAGAAUAAUACAAAAGAUUACUAUAAUUCAAUGAAAAAAGAUAAUAUUAUAAAAUGCAAAUAUAAUGACAAAAAUUGUAUAUAUAAUGAAAAAAGGGAAAAUAAAAGUAAUUCUUCAAUUAAUCUUAAAGAAAAAGAAAAUAAUAUAUCAAAAGAUAGCAUAAAAGAAAAUAACUUAAGCAUCGAUGAAAAUAGGAAAGAAUUAUAUUUAUCAGAAGUUGAUGAUCAAAUUAGUAAUAACAGCUUUGAUAACUAUAAAAAAUGUUUUAAUCAAAAACAUUUGAGGAAAUUACGUAAACCUUCAAACUCUAGAGAACAAUUAGAAAAUAAUAAUUUUAGCAAAAAGAGCAAUAUGGAAAAUUGUAAAAUUAAUAAAUCAUAUCUACAACUAGAAGAUGAAAAAAGGAGCAGAUUAAAUAAUUCUAAUAAAAAUAGAAGCAAUAUGAAGAUUAUAAAAAAAAGUUUUUCAGAUGAAACAAAAUCAUCUAACAAAAAAAUAGUCCUAUAUGAUGAUAUGAAUAUCUAUAGAAAUUUAAAUAAUGACUUAUGUUAUGGAAUAAUAAAAGACAUUAAUUCAAAGGAAGAUAGUGAAAAUUAUAUAUUCGAUAAAAGGAAUUUGAAUGAUAAAAAUUGCUCUGAUAGUAUUUAUAAAGAAUCUUCUAUUUGUAAUAAUUCACUGCAAAAUAGAAAAAAGUAUGGAAACUUGAAAACCACAACUAUAGUUUCAGACAGUAAAAGAUUAAUUAAGGAUAGAAAAAAUAGAAGUGAGAAUUCAGAGAAAAGUAUAAGUAAAAAUUCUAAGAUAUAUAAUUAUCAUAAAAAAAAAUCCAAAAAUGGUGAUUUAGAACAUCAUUUUAAUUCAAAUGAAAAAAAUUCAGAGAAUUAUAAUAUUUUAGAAAAUAGUAUGAAUGAUAAAUACAACUUAUCUGAUAUAAAUCAUAGCAAAGAUAGUGAAAAAAAUUAUGGAAUUUCUCAAGUUUUGGGGAAAAAUAAAAGACAUUAUUGUGACUCAAAACAAGCAAAAUUAAAUAAAAUAUACCAAAAUGGAUUAUUAGAAAUAGAAGAUAAAAAAAGUAGAAGUAGAAUGAAUUCCUCAAAACAUAAAAAUGAAUAUCAUAACAAUAAUGAAAUAACUAACUAUAAAUCAAGAAAAAGCAGAAACAAAAGUUCAUUAAAAAAUAUGUCAAAUAAUAUAAUAUCCCUAAAAAAUAAAGGUAGUUAUAGCAGUGAGAAUGAUUACAACAACUACAAUUAUUCAAAUAGUGAAAUAGACAAAAGAAAUAUAUAUUUAAAAAGAAAUUCAAAAGUUAAUACACAUUUAAUGAAUAUGAAAAAAAACAGUAGUAAAAGAUCAAAAAGUGAGUAUUCUUACGAUUUAAAAACAAAAAAAGACAAUGAAUAUUUUUCUAGUAGUAUUAUUAAUAUUUCUGAUGAUCAAAUUGAUAUAAGUAGUGAUUACUGCCAAACAAGUUCCAACUCACUUGAAAAAAAGAGAUCAAAUAUUGAAAAAUUAUCAAAUAGAGAAAAGAAAUUAAAGGAUAGUAACGAAUAUUAUAAAAAACUAUCAAAUGAAUCACUUUAUGGGCACUGUAAAUGUUCUUCAAAAAAAGGAACAAAUAUUUUGCAUAAGUUUAAAUAUAGAGGAAUAGAAGAUGAAAGAAGUAGAAUGAUGAAUGAAAAUAAGAAAAAUAUUAGCUAUUUAAAUAGUAUCAAAAAAGGUAAGAUUAUAUGUUCUUCAUGUGAUGAUUUUGUAGAAGAAGGAAAAAGUGACAUAUCGUUAGAAAAUUGUUCACAAAGAAAAAUUAAAGGAAUAAAUAACUUACCUUAUAAUUUUUUGAAGGAAGAGAGUAUGAAACUUUCAAAAGGACUUUCAAAUAGUUUAACUGAUAAAAAUUAUGAAAAAAUUAAAAAAUCAAAAACUACUUAUCCAAAAAGAGAAAUUAUGGAAAGAAAUUUAUCUACCUCCUCAAAAAAAUAUAAAGUUAGAUCUAAUAUUAAUGAUAUGAAAGUACAAGGUAGUCUCUACCCUAUAGAAAAAUCAGAAACAAAAAAAAUAAUUAAAACAAAAAGUUCUGUAGCAUAUAGUGAAGAUAGUAAUUCUUGUAAUUACUCAAAACUAGGUAAAGUAAAUUCUAAAUAUAAUCAUAAUACAAAAAAUACAUUUUCAAAGCAAAAAAGAGAAAGAAAUAGUAGACAAUUAAGUCAUGAGCACAAAUCUGAAAGUAAUACUGAUUUCAUUAAUGAUUUUGAAAUAAAAUCACAAAAUCAAAAAGUUUUUCAAAAUUUAUCAAACCAUAAUUAUCCCAGAAAAGAUAACAAAGAUGAGGUAGUAAAAUCUUUUGAUUCUCAGAAAAAUAAUGAUAUAUUAAAAAAAAGAACUUUGUCGAAAAAUUCUCAAAGAACCCAAUAUAAAAAACAUUUGAAUGAUAGUGAUUAUGACACAGAAGAGUGUAAUGACAACAAUUACAAUAUAUAUAAAAAUAUUAUUUAUAAAAAAAGAGGUAAUUCUAUAAAUUCCAAAAAUAUCUUAUCCAAUUCAAAUCAAUAUAAAAAGAAUAAUAUAGGAAGUGAUGUUUUUUAUUCGAAAAAUUUAAUGAAAAUGAAAAAAAGUAAUUCCUUUGAUAAAGAAAGUCUUUAUGAAAAUAAAAAACAUAAUAACAGAAAUGAUGAAAAAUCUAAAAGUAAAAUACUCUUAUAUAAUUCUUAUUCUUAUAAAGGAAAACCGCUUAAAAUGGAAAAUGAAGAUGAAAUUAAUCAAAAUGAUAGAAAAAAACAUAGUAAUAAUUCUUUUAAUGAAAAUUUAAAUACAAAAAGAAGUUCAUCCCAUAAAUAUAGCAUUCAUUCAAGAAAUUUAAGAAGUAACUUAAAUGAAAUGCUUAGUUCUAGAAAGGGUACAUCUAAAUUAAGUAAAAAUUUAAAUGAUAUAUCUGAAAGUGGUUUAAAUUUAAAAAAACCAACCAUAAUAAAAAGUGACAAUGAUAAUUGCACACAUGAAAACUUUCAUAAUACACUAGAUAGAAGACAUAGUCAUAUAAAAGAAAUAGAUAAUGAAAAUAUAAUUGAAGAAAAUUCUGAUCAUGAACAUCAUAAUACUUGUAAAAAUUCCUUUGUAGGAAGCAAGCAUUCAUCAGAAAAAAUAAUAAAAACCUAUUCAUUCAAUAAUAGUAAUUCCACUGCACAAUCAAAAAAUUAUAACAAGAAUUUUAGUAAAUAUUGUAUAAAUGAUAAUAUUAGUAAUAACUCAAAUAAGAAUUCCAAUUAUACUAAUAUAAAUGAUGAUAAAGCAGUAUAUGAUAGAAAUAUUUAUAAUAACUCCUAUGUAAAAGAAAAUACAGUUAGAAAAAAAAAAUUUAACAAUAGUAGAACCAAAAGUAGAAAAAAAAGCAAUUCCUAUACUUCUGAAAUUGAUAACGAAAGCAAUAAUAGUAUAAAAUCAAAAGAAAAUGAAAUUAAUAAUAACAUAUAUAUAAAUACAUGUGAGAUUUAUAAAUAUAGCACAAAGAAUAAACCAGAUAGUUUUAUGAAAGAAAAAUCGAGAAGUUCAAAAGCAUCAGAUUCAUUUCGUGAUAAAGGGAAUUUCAACGAGAGAAAAAGUUUUUCAAAAUUAAAAAAUAAAUCAAAUAAAAUGUAUGAAUUUACAAAUAGUAGAGGUACAUAUAAUAAUGAUGUUUAUAAACCAACGUCUCAUGUAAGAGAAUCAAAAGAAGUCUAUGGGUUUAUGAGUAAUAAAAAAAGCGAACAUAAUAGUACAAGUGAAGAUAAAAAUAUAUAUGAAGAAAAAUGGAAUGAUAAUACAAAAAGGGAAUAUUCUUAUUUAAAAAAUAUUAAUCAAUCAUUAACUUCAUUUCCAGAAGAUUGUAGUUCACAGAAAACCAUUAAAACGAAAUAUUUAAAAAAUGAAAAUUAUGAUAAUGAAGAAGAUGAUAAAGCGUUAUACAAAGGAAAUAAAAAAAUUCGUAAUUCUUUCUAUGGAAUACAUAGUAAUUUAAACGAAGAAAUAUCUUUUCUAAAUAAAAGAAAUGAAUCUUCAACAAAUUUAUCAAAUGAUAAAAAUACUACUGAAUCAACAUAUGUAAAUAAAAAAAAACACAUUAAAGUGGAUGAUUUUCUAAAAAAAAGCAACAAUUUAUCAAAUAAAGAAGAAAAUUUUCAAAAAAUAGAUAGAAAGAUAUUUCAAAAGGACGAAACUAAUUCUAGAGUAAGUAGAAAAAAGAAAAAUUAUUUUAGUAAUAAUUAUGAUAGUACAAGUAAUUUAAAUAGUGAUUAUAAUAAUUUCCAAAAUAAUUAUAAUUGGCAUAAUAAUAAAAAUGAUGGUAUUAAAGGAAAUGAUAAAUCAUUCCAUGAUAAUGUUAACUAUUUUAAUAGAUCUGAGAGAAGUAAAUCAUAUAAUAUUCAAGAAGGUAAAAAUAAUUAUAUAAAAAAUGUAAUAAAUGAAAAUAAUAGUCCUCUAAAUUCUUUCAUUAAAUCAGGUCAAAGAUCAAGCGAAAAUCACCAUAUUCUUCCAGCUAAAAAUAAAAACAAAAUAUAUGAAUUUAAUGAUAAAUUUAAUUAUAGUUCAUUUUCAAAAAAUAAUAAUGAAUAUGAAAGUUCAGCAAAUUGUAAGAGCUCCCUUAGUAAAAGGUUUUUAAGUGAGAACUGUAAAAAAAAAGUGAAAGACAUUAAUAAUUGUAGAAGUAAUGAAUUUUUGUAUUCAAAAAGUGAUUCAGAACACAAUUUCAACUUAUUUUAUGUAGAAAAAUUAUCAUAUAAAAAAGAUCUGAAUUCUGUGUUACCAAAAAUGAUAGAUACAAAAAAAAAUAGAAAUCUUAAAUAUAACAAAAUAAAUCCAGAAAUUGAUAGUUUAAAUAAAAUUACGUCAAAUAAAAGAAAUGAUCAUUUAAACUACAAAUAUAAAAGUAUGGAAAACUUUAAAAAUGAUAAUAUGAAAGAAAAAAUAUAUGAAGAUAAUAAUGAUAAUAUUUCCAAAUAUACAAGAAAUGAAAAUAAUGGAAAUCUAGUUAUCGUUUAUAAUGACUCAAAUAAAGAUGAAAAUCCAGUACUUCAAGAAAGUAUAAAGAUAGAUGACCAGAGAGAAAUGUAUAGGAACAAAAUGAAUCAAAAAAUUGAUUAUUCCGAUGAUAUCAAUUCAGAAGAAUCAAGAAGUUUUUAUUUAAAAAAAAAUAAUAUUUCUGAAAGGAAUAACAAUUAUUCAAAAAUUUAUACUAAUUGUGAGAAUACAAGUACAACUAGAAAUUCAAGGAAAAAUAAUACAUUUGAAAAUAAGAAUAAAAGUAAUUCAAAGUAUAGUACGAAUUUUAAUAUAGAUGAAGAAAAUACAUUAUCAAAAACAAUAAAAAAUAGAAAUAAUAGUAAAAUAAAUAAUAAUUGUAAUUUUUCAAAAAUGGGAAAUAGUAACCAAAUAAAAACAAAUAUUCAUAAUUAUUCUACUACUCCUAUUGAAUAUAAUUAUAGUGUAAAUUCUAAGAAAAAUGAAGGAUUAAAUAAUCAUACUUCUAAAUCCAAUACAGAAAGUAUUUACAAUAAUGGAGAGCAUAUUAAUAAUGAGAAUGAAACGUUAUCAAAUAAUUUUUAUUUUUAUAAAAAAAAUUCUUCAAACAAAAAUGAUAUUAAUUCAGAAUUGGUAUAUACAAAUUCUUUAAAUAAGUCAACAAAAAACUUGAAUUCAAAAAAAAAUAUUUCAAAAGGAUUGAGUGAUAAUCAUAAUAUAUAUACAUAUGAUAACAUUAGUAAAGAAGAUAAAUUUACGAAAAGCGGUUCAAUAGGUAAUAAUAGGUUAUCUGAAAAGCAGAAGAAAAAUAACGAGCAAUUUUUAAAUAGUUAUUCAUGUAUUUAUGAAAAAGAAAAAAAUUCAAUACAUAGUAAAAACUAUAGCAAAUUAACAAGUGAAGAAAGUAAAGGAAUAAAUUAUAUAAACUCAAAUAAAAGUAAUUUAUUAAAUAAUGACAUAAUUCAAAUAGAAGAAAAUAAAAAUCCAAGUCAAGUAUUAAGUUAUGGGGAAAAUACAAAUAUAGAAAGUAUUCAUGGAAGUAAUGAAAACAAAGAAAAUAAUACUGGAAUCCAAACAAAAAGUAACACAAGUAUAAACUUAAAUGUAUCAAAAUUUCCUAAAUUGGUAAAUUUAAAUGAUUUAAAAACAUUAAAUGAUGAAAAUGUUAUAAAAAGCAGUGUGAAAUCAGAAAAUCAUAAUUUAUAUGUUGUGGAUAAUUAUAAUAGUAAAAGAUCACAAGGAAAUUCUCUUAGUGGUGUUGUAGGUAUAGAAAAGGCAAAUGAAUAUAUGAAGAGCCAAUUAAAUUACUAUCUAGAAAAUGAUAAUGAAAGAAAUAAAAAUCAAAAAACAAAUUCACAAAAUAUAGAAUCAAAUAUAAGUAUUAUAAAAAAAAAUGAUGUUUAUAACGAUAACAUAGAAAACUCUGAUAUUCCAUCUAUAUCAAAUAAUGGUAUAAAUGAUUUUAAGAAUAGUACAUAUGAGAAUUUUAACAAUGAUAAAAAAAGUAUAAAUUUUUUAUAUGAAGAAGAUUCAAAAAUAUCUAUAAAUAAUUUAAAUAAGAUAAAAAGUGAAAGUAAUGAUAGUCAAGUUGUGAGUAAAACAAAUUCCUUAUUAAACAAUAAUGAAAACAUAAAUUCGUAUGGUACAUUGUAUAAUUUAAAUGAAAAUAAUACAAUAAAUUACAAAAAUGAAAAUAAUAAUAUUAAUAAUAGAAUUUAUAGUAAUAUUAACUACCCUAGAAAUAGUAAAAAUAAUACCUAUAAUAUGGCAUUCACUCAAAAUAGUGUGUCAUCCGAUAACAGUAUUCCUAUUAAUAAUAGUAUACCUAUUAAUAAUAGUAUUCCUAUUAAUAAUAGUAUUCCUAUUAAUAAUAGUAUUCCAGUUAAUAAUAGUAUUCCUAUUACUAGUAGUAUUCCUGUUAAUAAUAGUAUUCCUGUUAAUAAUAGUAUUCCUAUUAAUAAUAGUAUUCCUAUCACUAGUAGUAUUCCUGUUAAUAAUAGUAUUCCUAUCACUAGUAGUAUUCCUGUUAAUAAUAGUAUUCCUAUUACUAGUAGUAUUCCUGUUAAUAAUAGUAUUCCCUUUAAUAAUAGUAUUCCUAUUAAUAAUAGUAUUCCUAUUAAUAAUAGUAUUCCUAUUAAUAAUAGUAUUCCUAUUACUAGUCGUAUUCCUGUUAAUAAUAGUAUUCCCUUUAAUAAUAGUAUUCCUUAUAAUAAUAGUAUGCCUAUUAAUAAUAGUGUGUCAUCUAAUAAUAGUAUUCCUGUUAGCACCAGUGCACAUGUUAAUAAUAUUGUUUUUCCUCAUACUUCAUUAAUAAAUAAUGAAAUAGAUAAUUCUGUUUGUUUGAAUGGAGGAGGAAAUAUAAUCAAAUAUAUUCAUUCUAAUGAUAAAAAAAAAAGCAAUUUGGAUAAUUCAGGAAUAAGCAUUUUAAGAAGUGAUCAAUUGAAUAAAAAUGAUAACAUCAUCAUUUAUGAUAGUUUAAAUCAUAAUGGAAUAACAUCUAAUAAUGAUUUAAUUAAUAAAACUAAUAGUAGCAGUAAUAUAAUAAAUAAAAAUAUCGCUUAUGGUAAUAUUAUUAAUCAAAAAUCAAUUAUUUCUCAACCUAUAUGUAAUAACAAUUUAAAUGAUCAAAAUAUGACUGACAAUCAUUUAAUAAAUAAUGGAUCUUUAGGAAGAAUGUAUUGUGAUAAUAAAACAUUUAGUACAUUUAAUAUAAAUAAUCAAAACUUAAGUAAUAAUUUAAUUAAUCAUAGUUUAAAAAAUAAUGGCAUUAAUAGUAUUUUAGUGAAUAGAAAUAUGAGUCAUAACAGUGGUACUGACAUUUCUUCAAUUCAUAAUAGUUCUAAUUGCAAUAAUAUACAUAUGCAAAAUAUUUAUAAAAAUUCAGUUCCACAUAGUCUAGAUAAGCAAAAUUCAAUCAAUUAUAAUAUUACCAACUUAAAUAAUAAUCAUUUGCCUAAUAAUAAUAUUGACAAUCAAAGUAUAUUCUACAAUAGUAAUAGAAAACCACUUGUAAUUAAUGGAAAAGAUAUGAAUAGUCAUCACUUAAAUAAUAAUAAUUCAAUGAAUAAUAUGAGUAAUUAUAUUUUAAAAAAUAAUUGUUCAUUGAGUAAUAUAAGUAACAAAAAUAUAACUAAUGGUACUUUAGUAAAUAAUGAUAAUUUAAUUAAUAGUCGUCUAAUGAAUAAUAUGAAUAAUGUAGUUAGUCAAAAUUUAAUAUAUAAUUCUUCAAAUUAUAAAAUAUAA